CUCCGGGGCCAGAGCGCAGCAGCGCCAUGGGGUGCCGGGGGGUGCUCAGCCUGGGGCUGCUCCUGGGGGUCCUCGGCGGAGCCGUGAACGGGCUGCACUCCCUGCGCUAUUUCCAAGUCGCAGUGGCAGAGCCCAGCUGGGGGCUGCCCCAGUUCAUGGCUAUGGGGUAUGUGGAUGGGGUCCCCAUUGGCCUGUAUGACAGCAGCACGAGGAGGUAUGAGCCCAAGGCAGAGUGGAUGAAGGCCAACCUGGACCAGGAGUACUGGGAUAGAGAGACCAACACCAACCAGAACAACCAAGAGAUCAACCAAGUGUGCCUGGACAUCGUGAGAGCAAGAUACAACCAGAGUGGGAGAGCUCAGACACUGCAGUGAAUGUUUGGCUGUGACCUGCUGGAGGAUGGCAGCACCAGGGGGUACCGUCAGGAUGCCAUUGAUGGGAGAGACUUCAUAGCCUUUGACCAGGACUCCAUGAGCUUCAUUGCAGCAGACCAAGCAGCUGUGGUCACCAAGAGGAAGUGGGAGGAGGAUGGGGCUGAGGCUGAGAGGCAGAAGCACUACCUGGAGAACAUCUGUGUGGAGUGGCUGAAGGGAUACCUGAGCUAUGGGCAGGCUGAGCUGGAGAGGAGAGAGCCCCCCACGGUGGUGGUGAGCAAGAGGGAGAGCCAGGGGGCCCUGAGCUUGUCCUGCCGCCUGUAUGGCUUCUACCCGCGGCCCAUCGGCGUCAGCUGGCUGAAGGGGGCCGAGGUGCGGGACCAGGACACCCAGCGGGGCAGCAUCGUCCCCAACAGCGACGGCAGCUUCUCCACCUGGGCCUCCAUCGAGGUGCUGCCGCAGGAGCAGGAGCUCUACCGCUGCCGGGUGGAGCACUCCAGCCUGCCCCAGCCCCGCCUCUGCUCCUGGGAGCCGCAGGGGCGGUCGCUGUCCGUGGUGCUGGCAGUGGUCGAGGCGGUGGUUGCCACCUUGGCUGCCGUCGGGAUCGGAGUCGCCGUCUGGAAGUGGAGAUCAGCUGCCACUGCCUGGGCACAGGGACCCUGUGCCAGCCCCAGCCUGGGACUCCUCCUGCCUCCAGCAGCUCCUCCCUGGCUCCCCCCACCCCUCCACCACCCUCUGCACUGCUUUGGCUUCCCCAGAUUUGGGGUCUUCUCCUCGGGGGUCUCCUGGCUGGUCAAUAAAUGUUGCUUU